AUGUCGGCCAAGGAAGCCCCUGCAGCGGCAGACAAGGCCGCGUUAACCCGCACUGCGCAGGCUGUGGCUGCUCGCGAAUAUGAGCAACGGGGCUGGCUGGAGAGAAAAUUCGCCAUAGACAAUGUUGAUGUCAAUCUUAUCACAAAAAUUAUGUCAGGUCUCCUCGUGAAUCCUAUCUUUGUAGCUAGGUUCUUCAAGGACUACGGCGGCGCAGACGGAUCGACAUCCGGAGUCGAUCCUUCGAUUACCGGCAUAUCAGUCGCUUGUUUACAGGCGUCAGCAGCGGUGGGUGCCCUCAUCGCCGGACGACUGGGAGACAUUAUCGGGCGCAAGAAGAAUGUUCGCUCCGGGAUUGGCACCUUCAUUGCCGGCCGCACGAUCCAGGGCUUGGGUGUCGGGUUUCUCUCCAUGACGGUGCCCAUCAUUCAGACGGAGAUUGCUGCGCCGCAUCGGCGUGCUGCUACCGUUGUCACCUGGUGGUUAGCGGAUAAAUGGGGUCGGAAGCCGUUGCUGAUACUUGGAGCUCACAAUUUUACCCAACCAGGCAUUGGAAUGGCAGUACUGUCCAGCAUUGUCUGCGCCUUCACCGAAGCCAAUCUGGACAUCCACACCCGCGCUGAUGGCCAGUAUGCGUUUGUGAUGCUCUACAACAUCGUGUACGGCUUCACCAGGGGUCCGAUGCUGUGGCUUCUGCCCGCCGAGAUCUUCCCCUGCGUGGCCGUAACGGCCAACAGUAGCCUGGAGGAGGUCGCGGAGUUGUUUGGCGAUACGGCCUUUACGGAUGCGGAUGGGGAGAAGAUCAGGGGUGUCUCCGAAGGUUGCAUGCCGGGUACAUCAACUAGCAUCAUUGGUCUAGUGGUAGAAUUCAUCGUUGCCAUCGAUGAGGCCCGUGUUCGAUUCACGGAUGAUGCAAUCUGA